AGAGAGAGAGAGAGAGAGAGAGAGAGAGAGAGAGAGAGAGAAGUCGCCGAACUGAAGCUGCGCUGAAGGCCUGAAUCAGGAAACGGCGACAGACCGGGAGACAGUGAGCCAUGGCCAACAUCGCAGUGCAGAGGAUCAAGCGAGAGUUCAAAGAGGUGUUGAAGAGCGAGGAGACGAGCAAGAACCAGAUCAAAGUCGAUCUUGUAGAUGAGAAUUUCACAGAAUUGAGAGGGGAAAUUGCAGGACCUCCUGACACGCCCUAUGAAGGGGGAAGAUAUCAAUUAGAAAUAAAAAUUCCAGAAACAUAUCCCUUUAAUCCUCCAAAGGUUCGGUUUAUUUCAAAAAUAUGGCAUCCAAACAUCAGCUCAGUUACUGGUGCAAUUUGCUUGGAUAUUCUAAAAGAUCAGUGGGCGGCGGCAAUGACCCUUAGAACAGUGUUAUUAUCAUUACAAGCGUUGUUGGCAGCAGCAGAACCAGAUGACCCACAGGAUGCAGUGGUGGCAAAUCAGUACAAGCAAAAUCCAGAAAUGUUUAAACAGACGGCUCGACUCUGGGCGCACGUGUACGCUGGGGCACCCGUUUCCAGUACCGAAUACACACGAAAAAUAGAUAAAUUGUGUGCAAUGGGCUUUGAUAAAAAUGCAGUAAUAGUGGCCUUGUCUUCAAAAUCUUGGGAUGUAGAAACUGCAACAGAACUUCUUCUGAGUAAUUGAGGAGUGGUGAAGGUUGCUUCCACAGGCCAGCUUGCCCCUUCCUUCAACAGCACCAUCUUCCCUUUUUUCUUUUAGGAUUACCCCAAGGUUCCCUUUUAAAAUGGCCCUCUGUUACCUGAUAAAGCUAUCUGGAUGCUACUGGAGACUGGAAAUUAAAUGCUCUGUAAAUAAAGCUAUUAAAGUCUGUGUAAAUUAAAAAUGGGGAAAUACUUUAAUUUUUUCUUACUAAAUAUUGUAAAGAAUCACUAUAAAAUUUGAGCUGUGCUUGUAAUAGACAUCCAACUUCUUUGGUUUAUGGAUAAUGUAACAUGCGUUUUGAAUGUGACAUAGCUGUUACAUCUGUAUGAUGUGGUAGCUGUUAUCAAAGUCAACCCUAAAUUCUAAGGUAAGCCCUGUAUAACUGUAGUGGUUUUAAUUUGAUCCAUAAGGAUUAAAUAUUGGAUUGUUUUUGAAGUAUAUUAUUCUCUUGCAGCCUUUUAAUAAAAUAAAAAAAAAAUAAAAAAAACUUGAAUUAAAA